GUGGAUGGUCGAGCGGAGAGACGCGCUCGAGGACACCCGUUCUCGGCAGACAUACUAGCAGCACCCUUGCCAAAUAAUUACAAGAAUACCAACUUGGUGUUCGAUGGGACUUCUGAUCCGUCGAGACACGUGAGGACAUUUGAAAAUAUGGCUGUGUUGCAUGGAUAUACUGAUUCUGUUAGUUGCAGGGCCUUUUUAUCGACCCUUAGAGGAGGAGCGCUCGAUUGGUUCCAACAGCUCCCCCCAGGCUCGAUAGUGGACUUCGAGGAUUUUGCAGAAAAGUUGACAAAUCAAUAUUCGAGUGCGGUGGCUCAAGAGAAAACAUAUUUUACAUUGAUGGCGAUGAGACAAGGCGAGAAGGAGUCACUGCGCAAAUAUGUCGCUCGAUACAAUCAGGCUUGUUUGGAGAUUCCAUCGGCGGUCGAUGAGGUCAAGGCAGGCGGAUUGAUUAGGAGUUUGCGGGCAGGACCGUGUCGGACUUCUCUGGCUAAGACUCCUGCUCGUACGUAUGAUGAGGUGUUGAGGAGGU